CGGCACCUCAUACCUACCUUGGUCAUUUUUCUCCAUUUUCAACGAAACUUCUGCAUUUGUAUUUUAACUCUGCAGAAAAAAAAAAGUAGCACUAUUCUCAAUUAUUUUCACAUCCCUACCCCCAUAACUCAUUUAAUUUUCCCUGCCAGAAAUAUUUCUAGAGAGAUAAAUAAAUAUAUAUAUAUAUAUAGCUUUUUAUUUUUUAUGGUGAUCAGUUUCUGAAUCUGUGGACUGUGGGAAUCAAAUCAAAAUUGAUUAAAAUGGAGAGAAUAGUGGUGGUGGUGGAAGAGGUGGAGGUAGCCAGAACCGCCCUCCAAUGGGCGCUCGCCAACAUUCUCCGGUACGGCGACGUUGUUACUCUCCUUCACGUAUAUCCGGCGGCGGCAUCCAAAAAUAAGAAGAAGCUCCGCCGCCUCCGCCUCAAGGGCUUCCAGUUAUCCCUCUCCUUCAGUAAUAUCUGCGACGCCUUUCCCAACACGAAGACUGAAAUUGUUGUGACGGAAGGCGACCAGGAUGGACGGAGAAUUGCCGCCGUCGUUAGAGAGAUCGGCGCCUCCACUCUUGUAUUGGGGCUUCAUGAUCGGAGCUUCCUCUACAGGUUGAUAAAUCUCCAAAACAAUAGUACGAGGAAUAUUAAUUGUAAGGUUCUUGCAAUUAAGGAGCCAACUACUAGCGUGGUGGCAUCGAGAACUAUUUCGGUUUCGACUACGAUGGAUUUCUCACAAAUUGAAGUAUCUGUACUUAGCGUACCUGAAGUUCCUCCGACGAAGAUUCCUUAUCAAUUAUGUCCCGACCCGACUGCUAUAAUUUGGAGAUCGAGGCCAUCAAGAACAUUGAAAUCAAGUUCAUGAAACCAAAUUAAUUUUACUUUUUAAUAAACUUUUUCUCCCACAAAUUUACUAUAUGAAUGAGUUUGUAUUUUUAAUUUGAAAAAACGAAUAUUCUCAUAAAUAUAUAAUUUUCUUUUGUAUACUGUA